GUAAGGGUGAAAAAAUACAAAAGGCUUAAAAUUCUUAUAGUUUGUAUUAACUUAAAAAGAUACUAAAAACUAGAUUUACUCUUUAAAAUGUAAGCAAUUUUUAAUGUUGAUUCAUCAUGAGAUCACAAUUUAUAUCUAUGAAUUCUCUUCAUAGGUUGAAGAAAUAUGGAUACCAUCGCUAUAAACCUAGGCACUGUUUUUGUCAGCUUUGUCAUCUAUCAGCUUAUUUUCCACUUUGUAAGUUCUUGGUUUUCAGCAAAAGUUUCUCCACGUUUUAAGGAUCUCAGCUUGGAAAAGAAGAUUAAAUGGAACUCAAGGGUGGGAUCUACAUGCCAAGCUUUAGUGGCUGGAGUUUUUAGCCUAUACAUUCUUUUAUUUCAUGAGGCUGCUACGGCUGAUCCACUUUGGGAUGACCCAUGGCUUGUGAAUGUGAAUAUUGCUAUUGAUCUGGGCUACGUCAUUUCUGGUUUUUUGCUUCUCUUUUUCUAUUGGAGAGCAAUUGGUGGGAUUGAGGUUUUAAUUCGCCGUUGCACAGCGAUAUAUAUAUAUAUAUAUCUCCUUGUAUUGGCAGGGCCAGUCACUCAGUGUGGGUGGGGCGAAUCCAAGCAGCACAGACGCCACACUUCCCAGCUGGCGGAGCCACCUCAGCCAGCCAGGAAGCUCAGAGAGGAGCGAGGAUAG